GGGAGCGCGCGCGCGUGGGUCCUCCCGGGGCCGGGCGGAGAGGGCUGGGGGCGGGGCCCGGAGGGCCAGCCCCGGGCAUGCAGCACGGCAGGGCCAGGCGCUGGCUCCCUGGCGUCGUGGAAGGGCCGAGGAGCGCGUCUUAGAGGGACUUGGACCGGCCCUGAAAAUUCAGAACGUACAUUUUUUUUAAUAGAAGACAAUAAAAAUUACCAGUAAUCCUACCACCCGAGAUGGCCGUAUUUUGAAUCCUGCUUGUCUAUGAAAUGCAGUUAACACAUCAGCUGGACCUAUUUCCCGAAUGCAGGGUGACCCUUCUGUUAUUUAAAGAUGUAAAAAAUGCUGGAGACUUGAGAAAAAAGGCCAUGGAAGGUGCUAUUGAGGGUUCAUUAAUAAACCCUAAGGUGAUUGUCGAUCCAUUUCAGAUACUUGUGGCAGCAAACAAAGCAGUUCAUCUCUACAAACUGGGAAAAAUGAAGACAAGAACUCUAUCAACUGAAAUUAUUUUCAACCUUUCCCCAAAUAACAGUAUUUCAGAAACUUUGAAAAAAUUUGGUACCUCGGCAAAUGACACUUCAGUUCUUAUUGUUUACAUUGAAGAGGGAGAAAAACAAAUAAAUAAAGAAGACCUAAUAUCUCAGGUUGAAGGUCAGCAAGUUUCUCUAAAAAACCUUCCUGACAUAACAAAUAUUACAGAAGUCAAAAAGAUAUAUAAACUAUCUUCACAAGAAGAAAGUAUUGGAACAUUAUUGGAUGGUAUCAUUUGUAGAAUGUCAACAAAAGAUGUUUUGUGAAAUGACAGAAGUAUUAAAAAUUUUCAGCAUUUAUAAAAAAAAACAUGGAUUUUUCUUUCUUGAUUAUAAUAUGUUCAAUCGUAGAAAACACAGAAUGGUACAACAAA